AUGCGCAUUCUCUGCCUGGGCCUAACCCGAACCGGAACAAACUCCCUAGUCGUGGCCCUGCGCAAACUAGGCUACACGCCCUACCACGGCUCGGAAUGUUUCAAGUCUCCACCUCGCGACUUCAACCUCUGGAUCGAAGCUCUAACAUGUAACUUCUUCAACCCGGACCCGAAGAAUAUCCCUCGUUACGACCGCGACGAGUUCGACCGCCUCAUCGGGCAUUACGACGCUGUCCUCGACAUCCCGGCCUCGAUGUUCUGGGGUGAUCUCAUCCACGCAUACCCGGAUGCUAAGGUAAUCCUCACAACCCGGGAUUUUGAUUCGUGGUGGGAGUCCAUGGACAAGACUCUAUUUAGAUUCAUACGGAUGCCGUUCUUUCGGUAUUGGAAGUAUGUUGACCAUACGGAGAUUGGGCCGUUAUAUAGGAUGUCUGAGCUUGUUUGGAGGGUGUUUUGUGGGAAUUGUUAUGAUAAAGGGGUUUGUGAGAAGGCGUUUCACGAGCAUUAUCGAAGGGUAAGGGAAGCUGUUCCGGAGGAAAGGAGGUUGGAGUUGAAGGUUGGGAGGGAUGGGUGGGAGGUGCUUUGUCCGUUUCUGGGGGUGGAGGUUCCUGCGGAAGAGUGGCCGAGGGAGUAUCCUGCGAGGGCUCUUAAUGAGCAUGUAGAUAUGGCUUUCUGGGGAGCUAUUAGGACGAUUAUUUGGUGGGUUGGGUUGGGUGCGAUGGUUGUUUUGGGUGCGCUUUGGGUGAGAGGGUAUGCUGGGAGGUACCAUGAUGAGAUAUGA